AAAUGUUACAUUGCUUGGAAUUUGUGUACAAAUAAUAAAAUACUUUUUCUGAAUGUGUUAAAAUUAAAGAAAAUUUGAAAUUACACUACCUUUUCCACUGAUUAGUUUGAAAAGAUUCCAGUAUGGCUCUGUAUAAAGGUGCUGCAAGUGAGGCAGGCCGUGCCUUGCAACUAAAAAAGAAAAGAGAAAAAGCUUUAGAGGAACUGGAACAUAGGAAAAGAAAAAUUGAAGAAGAGAUGAAGCUAUCAGACAUUGAAAAUAAGUUUGCAGCUCAUUAUGAUGCUGUUGAGCAACAACUUAAAUCAAGUACCAUAGGCUUAGUGACUUUGGAUGAAAUGAAGGCAAAGCAAGAAGAUGUAGUGAAAGAAAGAGAGAGACAGCUGGCACAGAAACAACAUGAAAAAGAGUUACAAAGGCAAAAAGAAAUGAGAGAGAAACAAGAAGCAAAAGAAAGACAAAAAAGACAGAUUGCAUCUUUGUCUUUUCGAUUAGAUGAUGAAGAAGAAGAGGAGGAGGAGGAAGAGGAAGAAGAACAGCAGCAGGAAAAUGAAAAUAGCAGAGAUGCCUCUGAAAGCCAAGACAGCUCACAAGAAUCAGAUGAGCCUGUUCUCAAGAAGAAGAAAAUAUUUAAGAAUCCAGAUGUGGAUACCAGUUUUUUGCCUGAUCGUGAGAGAGAAGAGGAAGAAAGAAAGUUACGAGAAGAGUUACGGCAAGAGUGGGUCCAAAAGCAAGAAAAACUAAAGAAUGAAGAAAUUGAAAUUACUUUCAGUUAUUGGGAUGGCUCUGGUCAUCGAAGAAGUGUAAAAAUGAAAAAAGGACACAGCAUUUAUCAGUUUCUUUUGAAAUGUUUGGAAGUUCUGCGUAAGGAAUUCCAUGAAUUGCGAGCUGUUACUGGGGAUCAGCUUAUGUAUGUGAAAGAGGAUCUGAUUAUUCCUCACCAUUACACAUUUUAUGAUUUCAUUGUGACAAAAGCAAGAGGAAAAAGUGGGCCUUUGUUUAAUUUUGAUGUUCAUGAUGAUGUGAGACUCAUGAGUGAUGCCAGCAUUGAAAAAGAUGAAUCUCAUGCUGGAAAAGUUCUCCUUCGCAGUUGGUAUGAGAGGAAUAAGCAUAUCUUUCCUGCAUCUAGGUGGGAACCAUAUGACCCUACUAAGAACUAUGAAAAAUACACAAUAUCUGACAGGAAAAAAUGAAAUUAAAAUUUUCGAUUCUUCUUAUUAAUAUAUAUAUGUAUAUAUUCAUUUAUAUGAAAACUUGGCUGGCAGUGUUAGCUACACAGUAAAUCAUAAUUUACUGUGGCAUACCUGAUGGGAAAAUAUUGGUGUGAUUAUCAAUAACUUGAAGCCACUUUCAUUAAUUUUGAAGUACUACAUGUGAAAUAGAGUUUGUAUUUAAUUUUCUGUGUAUCCAAAAUUUUAAAUUAUUCAAUUAAUUAUUCCCAGUGUAAAAUCGUGUAUUUAAUAUAUUUUUCUUUAAAAUAUUUGUGACAAGAAGAUUGUUAUAUCUUCUUUACAACUUACUUUUUGUAUUGCAUUAUGGUAGUCUAAAUCAAGGGACUUAGAAGCUGGACAUUAUUAUUUAUUUUAAUAUAACUUUAUAUUGUUACCAGCAUAAAUUUUAGUAUCUUUCAAUAAUAUAUUGGAUAAAAAUUCAUAUUACUGUGUCAAGAGGUAUAAAAUAUGAAUUAAUAUAGCUUGACUAGCUGAAACAUUUAGUUAAUCAUCUAAAGUGUUUUUUCCUCCUGAAAGUAUUUCAACUAUUAGCUUUAUAUAAUAUAAAGUGUGAAAAAUGAUUUGAUUUUUACAACCAAAAUUUAAAAUAAUUAAAAGUAUUGAAGUUAUGCUGUUGAAUGAUUAAAUUUAUUGAUUCAAAAUUCCAUUUAAAUGAAAAAUGGUUUUUUUCAUUUAAAUGGAAUGGCUAUUUUUGGAAUAAAAUCCCAGAAAUACCUGUGUCUUAAUCUGUUACAUAUAAAAGCUUCAUUUAAAAAUAUAUGAAUAUUUACAUAACAUUUCAAAUUAAUAAUUUAAUUACUUUUUCAGUAAAGAAAUAUGUUUGCAGUAAGUUUAAUAUUAUCUUUUUAAAGUAAAUAUGUGAAAUCUAUUUUAAAAGACUUGAUAAUUCUCGACAGGUAAAACUUUUUAAAGUGUUGAAAAUCUUAAAAGGUUAAUUCUUAUUCCAUAAACAAUACAUUUUACUGCUUAGUUGCUAGUCCCCCCCCCCUCUCCUCCACCUGACUUAUUAGAUAAUAUCAACUGUUUUGUUUCUGCUAAGAAUCAUCGGAUCAAUUUAGGUGUUUAUGGAUUCUAUACAAUUUGAUAUUGGCUUGUAAUGUCUAUAAUGACUUGAUUUCAAUUAAGAAUAUAAAAGUACAAUAAUUCAGUGCAUUAUCAUUCAUGGACAUGACAUCUGAAGAUAUUUAAUGACUUGUUUAUCUAGAUUUCAAAUGAGAUAAAUUAACUGAGGUGAUAGAAUAUUUAUAUUAAUAGGUUUCCAGUGUUUGAUAACUUUUAUAGAAAGUUAAAACCUGAUAUAAUCUUGGAUAAAUAGUUUCUAACCAUCAAUCAAGAAGUUGUGUGAUUUAUCUUCUCAAAGUUUAACUUGUUACCAUUCUUUUACCUCAUUGUAAUGAGGCAAAAAUAAAUAUUCAGUGCUGAAUACUCAUAGAUGACACAACAUAUAUAAGAUUUAUUUUGCAUCUUUUAAAUUGCAAUAUAUGUAAAGGCUAUUGCAGUAAAUUUCUUUUAUAAAAUGAUGCUUGUAUAGAUAAUUUAUUGAAAAUUUUAACAUCUAUAUUUUUUAUUUUGCUAUUAUGUAAU